UAUAAGUCAGGUGACAUAGAUACGCCAUACAAAAAACGUAAAUAAUAGGAAUUAAAGUUAUUCUUAGGUACAGAUUAAAUCAGUUCUAUUUUAUAGUGUGUUAGGAGUUCAAGUGCAAACAUUGGAUGAAAUAAUAUAACAAAACUAAGGUAAUGGUCUCUAAUGGCUAUAUUAGCUGUCGGUAAGUACUGAUACGAGUAAUUGUUUGAGAAGUUCUACGCAGAGAAAGUAUUCAGACAGAUGUUAGUAUUUGUACAGUGCAUAUUAUGGGCAUAUUACACUGCAUUAAAAUGUAAUAAAAUCGCAAGUAUAAAAGUCAAUACGUGAGUAAUUUUCCACAUGAAUUUAUUUUAGUUUUGCAUACACACAGCUUGAUAACACAUUCAGUGUAUUGUUUGUUGUUGUUUAACGACUACAUAAGUUCUACUUUCCAUUUCAAGUUAACGGCUUUUGACAAGUUUUUGUGAACGAUUUUUCGAGAGCAGGCGUUGGAACCUAAUAGUCAAUUAACAGAGUAGCCUCGAACCACCAAUCUAAAUAAAACUGUGUCAAGAUUAUAGGCAAUUAACAAUGGGGUGAAGUUUAACAACAGGUGUAGAACAAUGAUGAUAUAUAUAUAGGAGAUCGCAUUGUUUCACGUACAGACGAGUCGCAAUCGGCGCGGAAUUAUAAAAUGUACAUUUACUUAUUAUUACUAGUCUGCAAAGUAUCAAACGCCAACUUGGUAGAGGAUAGAGGCUUGUGGAGUGUACUAGGGAGUAUUGUGAAUUUUUCCCAUAGUAAAUUCGUUCCAGAGGAUGCGAACCUUUCCAUCACUGAAUUGGGGAAAAAAUAUGGUUAUCAUGUGGAAACGCACUUGGCGAUUACCGAAGAUGGAUACAUCUUGAAUUUUCAUAGAAUACCCAUGCGGAAUGGAAAAGCUGGGGCUGCGGUGUUCCUAAUGCAUGGCAUACUGGAAAGUUCAGACACGUGGAUGUUACUGGGACCGAACAAGGCGCUCGCGUACUUAUUAGCAGAUCACGGUUUUGAUGUCUGGCUGGGCAACAGCAGAGGAAAUAAGUACUGCGAAAAGCACGUCACAUUAAACAAUACCUUGUCAGAAUUCUGGCAUUUCUCUUGGGAAGAGAUCGCUGUGAAGGAUUUGCCUGCUAUGAUCGACUACAUCCUCCAGAAAACUGGGUUGACGAGCUUGUACUACGUGGGACAUUCCCAAGGAACUACAACGGGCUACGUGUUGUGUGCUAUGAAGCCAGAAUACAAUGACAAGAUCAACAUAAUGUUCUCGCUGGCCCCGGAGGCGUGGAUGGGCCACCUCAGAAGUCCUAUAGUGAAAAUGUUUUCGCCCGCUCACAAUUUACUCGCGUACCUACUUUCGGACUUCAACGCUUAUUACGCAGGGGUGGACUUCUUCAAUAAAAUAUCAACAUUCGUGUGUACAAUCGCGCCAGCAAGAUGUGACAAUAUAUUGUUUGCGUUGUCGGGAUACGAGAGUAAAAUAAACGAUACAUUUUUAUCGGUUAUAUUAGGUCAUUCUCCUUCUGGAACAUCGACGUUUCAAUUCGCCCACUAUGGACAAUUGAUAGAAUCACAGCGGUUCUGUCGGUAUGACUUUGGUAAAGAACGUAAUUUGAUGAAGUACAACCAAAGUAGGCCUCCCGAUUACGACUUAAGUAAAGUGACGACGCCAGUGGUGCUAUUUUACAGUGACAAAGACUUGUUAUCGGACCCAAAAGACGUAAAUAUAUUAAGAAAGCACCUUAAAAAUGUACAGGAAAGUAUUUUCGUUGAAGAUUUUACGCAUUUAGACUAUGUUUACGCUGAAGAAGCGGCUAAUGUUGUCUACAGUAAGAUUGUAGGACGGAUUAUAAGUGACGAAGAGAAGCGCGCUAAGAAGCAUAACUACACAAUCACGCCGCGACACACUGACACGCCGGCCGAGAGUAGUUCUAGUAGCAGUAGUAGCAGUAAUAGUACUGAGGAUACUACAACCUAACAACACAACAGUGAAUUUGACUAAUGGAAUAAACAAUACCUAAUUUAUUGUGUUUUUAUUAACAUUCCGCACAUGCAUUUCAAGUAGCAAUCAUAAGAAUUGGGUAGCGAUAAUUGCAGUAGCUCAGAGCUCAGUGGCGUGCCAUUGGAGGCCUAUGUCCAGC